UAUGGUAACGACCUUUACCUAGUACCUAACAGCUGCCUUUGCAGAACCUAGCUAGCUAGAGACAUCUAUUAUCUUUAGAGGCGCGCCCUAAUGGAUAGAAAAUUUCGCGUGAAUGAUCCAGUAUGGGCCAAAAUGAGAGGCUACCCACCAUGGCCCGCCAAGGUAACCAAGCAUCCUAAGGGUGUGCACGGACCUUCGAACAGACUCUACGUAUUCUUUUAUGGCACACAUCAAAAUGCUUGGAUGUUACCUAGUGACCUCUACCCCUAUGCUGAGUACAAGGAUACCUACCUCAAGCCCUCCUCUAAGAAAGGUUAUGCAGAGGCAGUAUGGGAGAUCGAGGAGGACCCUCAACUCACCAUCACCUCCUCUGUUAAGACUCCAAAGAGAAAGGGACCUGCCAAGAAGAUUUGCAAAUCCUCGUCUCCUGUACCGCUAGAAAAACCUCGUAAACGGAAAACACAUGCUUCUCCUCACACUUCCAUGCCCACUCACUCGACUAAGCCUCACACUCCUCACACUUGUACGCCCACUCCCUCGGCUAUGAAGAAGGAGCGUCUCGACUCGGAACUGGAGUUGGAAACAGUGUUGUCCUCCGAGGCCCCUCUACCUACAAAGCAAGUAAUGCUUGAUCCAUCCAGCCAGUUGUCAGAAGAUGGCAGCCAAAUGCAACAACAACACAGAUACUCCACAAGACGUAAAAAUGUAACCGCGGGGAUUGUCGAGGAUCUGAAGCAAAACUACAUGGCUAGGAAAGAGCAGCGUACUUUUACUACGAAGGCCACACCCCCAUCUGCUAGGGAAAUUUCCCCACCUGUACCAGCUGUCGUUGAAACUACACCAAAAGGGAAAGCCCCAACACCUCCACCAAAGAAACCAAAGUACAUGACAAGGAAAGAGCAACGUACUUCAACUACAAAGGCCACACCCCCAUCGGCAAGAAGGGAAAUUUCCCCUCCUGUUACACCAAAGGGGAAAACCCCUACACCACCACCACCAACACCACCAAAGAAGAAAACAUUACCAUCGAAACAAGACAAGGCAAACAAACAGCCAACGAAGAAGACUACCAAACCAGCAAACACAACAAGAGUAACAAGACGAUCGCAAAGAUUUGUAAGCAAUGAGACAAGUUCUAACGACAAUACAACGAUAACUAUCAAGCCAGAACCCGUCAUAUCAUCACAAGAAUGUGAACAAUCAAGUCAAGAAAUCUCCUCCCAAGACACAACAAUGGAUUGCAGUGAACAGACUGACACAAGCAUACCUCCUGUUAUUAAACCAAGUAAAGAAAUCGCCUUCGUUAAUGAAACUGUUACAGUGGAUUGUAACGAACAGACGAACGUGAGCAGCACACCUCCUGUUGUUAAAUCAAGUCAAGAAAUUGCCUCUCAAGAUAUGGAUUGCAGUGAACAAAUUGACACCAGCACACCUCCUGUUAUUAAACCAAGCCAAGAAAUCACCUCUGUAAAUAAAACAGUGGAUUGUAACGUGACGAACAUGAGCAGCACACCUCCUGUUAUUAAACCAAGUCAUGAAAUCACCUCUCAAGAUAUGGAUUGUAACGAACGGACGAGCACACCUCCUGUUAAACCAACCACUGCUAUCAAAGCCUCCUCGGAGUGUAUCUCAUCACGUACACGACGCAGUAGACAUCCGCAGCAGCAACAAAAAACUAAUACUCAGAAAAAGUCUCGAAAAAAAGAAAAUAUUACUGAAUUGAAAUCCACGACCGAUAAACAUAUUAUAGUAACACGUACCAUGCUUUGUGAUUCAGUGCCAAAUGACGUACCGGAAAUUUCAACGGAAGUAACGGUUCUUGAUAAAUCUAACGAGAAAUCUCUGCUGUCAGAUAUUUUAGUGAACACAGAUAAUAACUUGAGCACUGGUUCAACUGAACACAUCACUGUGGUGACAUCCAUGAUCACUACUGACGAAGACUCAGCUAAUAUUACAGACAAUGGCAAAGACAAUCACUCAAACAAAGCUACAGAGGACGAAAAGUCCACUCCUCAGUCACAAGAUGACUUGACUGUUACUACUAGUGUACCUGACAACAUGUGCAAGCCUUCUAUAGAAACCGAAGUAAUGGAUAUAGCUUCAGCUGAAGUUUCAACAAAAGAAAAUGAAUUGCCAUCGGAAAAUUUGCCAGAUUUAACUGCUCCUAGUAGCGACAACAUUUCUCAUGUUAAAGACAAUUUGAAAGAUUGCGACGAAAACACUGUAAAAAGUCAGAGUAGUAAGGAGGCUGGAAAAAACAACAAGACGAGUCCGAAGACCCAACGCCCAAAGAGGAGAAUCAAGAAUGCUACGAUCAGUGCUGAGUCUCCACUGAAGAAAUUCAAAGUGUCCGGACCGCCCAAAAAUUUGAACGAUAAAGGCUCAUCAAACGAGAAAGCUAAAGAUGACCAGAGGAGCAAACUACGAAUUAGACAGCCCAGUGGAUCUGGUAAAGGGUUAUCACAGGAAAAAGUUCAAACAGACUCUACUCGCGAUGUUUCUGUGGAGGCUGAUAAUGACAAAAAAGCUGAUACUAUUGAGGGCCGUGAGUCUGAUGAUGGUAACAAAGAGCAAGAGGAGGAUAGCGUUCCCGUGUCUGCAGUGCCUAGUCUACCACCUUUCAUUGCACCCCAGUCAGGAAUGACCUCGAUGCAGAUUCUACAGACUUACAACUAUAACUUGAAAGCUGCUCUCACCAUCGAAGCUCCAAACACGGAGUACGCUAUUGAAAUGUUGAAUAAGCUGAGCAAUUUCUACUGCACUGCUGCAGACUUGGACAAGUUCCCUUCCAUCAUGGACACUGUCAAAAAGUUGAAGCGAUAUCGUGCCUGCCCGGGUGUUAUGGAGGGAGCAGAGAAGGUCCACGAGAAGUUUAAGAAGCUCUUCCUUCAUCCACCUCCACCAAGACCAGCCCAGCGUAUAAAGAGCGCCUCUAGAAUACCCAAGAAAGCACCCAUCAUGGCCGACUAUAUCAGAGCACAGAGCAGUCUUGCCAGCAACAGUAGGUCCACGCUGCACGGAAAUGGGAUCACAGACGUCAUCACCAAGCACAAGCCCAGCCCUCGCCAACUGAGGACACUCCACACACCCACUGUACCAGACAAACCAGUCGAGCCACAAGAGGAGAAAGAGACAGAAAACACGGUCGAGGUUCCCUCCACUGUUGACGCUCACACAGAGGGGGGUGCUCCAAACAUUUACAACUCAGUCGUCUCCGCUCAACCGUUGCCUAGCAACGACAAAAAUGACCAGACUGUUCCUAUCCUAGAAGACUAACUCUCUAAAAUUAAUUAAUUAAAAUCAUUUAUUAUAUUUAUUUUUAGGCUCUAUUUCAUACAUGUACAUGUACACAAAAUUACUUCAUUCAUUCCAUUUCAAUAUUUUAUAUACAUGUAUUUGUAAUAAUUAUAAUUAGCUGAGCAAUCAACAUUAAUUUUAUUACAA